UGUAACUCCAGCUCUUGUCUGUAUACUCUCCAGAGAUUACUUUCUUCUUGUCUGAGUUGUCUCUACUCUCUCUAUCUCCCAUGAGGGAAACUUAGGUUUUGUUAUUCUUUCUUCCUUCAUCCCCUUAAUUCUUCAAAACUUAAUAAUAGUUUCACCCUUUAAAAACCCUGAUCUUGACUGCAGCUCCAAAACCUAGCUUCCAUGGCAAAAACAAGACCUGGGCUCUCUGCUGCCAAGCCCAAACCAGGGAAGAGGGACCUUGACUCUUACACUAUUAGAGGCACCAACAAAGUUGUUAGAGUUGGGGAUUGUGUUCUGAUGCGUCCUUCUGACACUGGUAAGCCCCCGUAUGUGGCACGUAUUGAAAAAAUUGAAGCGGAUAGCAGGAAUAAUGUGAAGGUUCGAGUGCGGUGGUAUUAUCGUCCUGAGGAGUCACUUGGAGGAAGGAGGCAGUUCCAUGGAGCAAAGGAGCUGUUUUUGUCUGACCACUAUGAUGUCCAGAGUGCUCACACUAUUGAAGGGAAGUGCAUUGUUCAUUCUUUCAAGAACUACACUAAGCUUGAGAAUGUUGGGGCUGAGGAUUACUAUUGUAGAUUCGAGUAUAAAGCUGCUACUGGAGCCUUUACUCCUGACCGAGUUGCUGUGUACUGCAAAUGUGAGAUGCCAUACAACCCUGAUGAUCUCAUGGUGCAAUGUGAGGGCUGCAAGGACUGGUAUCAUCCUGCUUGUGUGGGCAUGACAAUUGAAGAAGCUAAAAGGUUGGAUCACUUUGUGUGUUCUGAAUGUUCUGAGGAUGAUGUCAAAAGAUCACAGAAUGGAUUUCAUCCAUCGCCAGUUUCUGAUGCAAAGGUGGAACCCAAACGACGAAAGAGAUAAGCCAUGGGGAAAUUUUGUUGCAUGAGAGGAGAAGACUCUUUAUGCAGAUUUAGCUUGUAGCCUGUUGUUGUGUGAGUUGUAUAGUGCAGAAGUUGUGUGCUUUGCCCAAACUGGUGGCUGUGAGUAACUUGUGUGUUGGAUACAUCUGUGUCUGUGUUAGGUUUAGGAGAUUAAGUCUGUGCAGUCAGAUUGUUCUGUAGUUCUCUGAUGUUGAACUUGAACCAAUAUUUGUGGUAGAAAAACUUUCAAAUAUCACCUUUCCAAUCUUGUCUUCCUUUUGUAAAACAUCUGAUUGACUUCUUGAUUAUGCAUUCCCAUCUCCUCAUAAGCCAAGUAUCUUUU